UCUGCGACUCAGGGCGCGUGCGUCAAUGUUUUUGAAGGCCCGCGACUAGCUAGCGUGCUAAUCCAACAUUCGGGACGUUACAGAUACUUUCCUAAUUAAUAACCUUGUAAAAAUCUGUUUUUAUCCCUUCGUACGCCACCUAGUUUUGGGUUGGUCUGAAUCACACCCAGAAUGUCCUUCCCCCCUCAUUUAAACCGGCCGCUGUUGCCACCUCCUGGGAUGCCCCCUCAGUUUGCUGGCUUCCCCUCAGGAACGCCAAUGAUUCCAGUUCAUGUCGGCAUCAUGACCCCCACUUCUGCAGUAAUGAUGCCUUCUAUGCAAAUGAUCAGUAAGCCAGCAAUCCAUAAAAAGGAAAUUCUGAGAAUCAGAGACACCAAUGAGAACAGUGGCCCUACUACCACAGUGUUUGUGGGGAACAUAUCAGAGAAAGCUUCAGACAUGCUGAUCAGACAACUGCUCGCGAAAUGUGGAAUUGUUCUGAGCUGGAAGAGAGUCCAAGGAGCCUCUGGCAAGCUUCAAGCCUUUGGGUUUUGUGAGUACAAGGAGCCAGAGUCCACAUUGCGAUCCCUGCGGCUGCUUCAUGACCUGCAGAUUGGAGAAAAAAGUCUGUUGGUAAAGGUGGAUGCCAAGACUAAAGCUCAGCUGGACGAGUGGAAGGCCAAGAAAAAGACAACGAAUGGGAAUAAGAAGGCUGAAGAUGGAGAUGAUGAGGAAGAUGUUCUAGACGAGGAGACACAAAAGAAAGAUCAGAUUAUUAAAGGUGCUAUCGAUGGAUUGAUGAGGGAAUAUGCUGCAGAACUCAACGCGCCUUCACAGGAUGAGGACUCCCAGCGACGGAAGAGGAAAAGGGAGAAAAAAGAAGAGGACGACCUUAACACUAUUGAUAUGGAGGACGACAAGAGAGACCUGAUUUCCAGAGAAAUUAGUAAAUUUCGAGAUACUCACAAGAAACUAGAAGAAGAGAAGGACAAGAGGGAGAAGGAGCGGCUGGAGUUUGAGCGGGAACGGAGGGACCGGGAAAAAGAACGUGAGCGGGAAAGAGAACGGCGGGACCGCGACAAGGAGAAGGAGCGAGAGAGGGAAAGGGAGCGCGAACGGGACAGAGACAAAGACAAAGACAAAGACAAAGAGCGGGACCGCAGGACGAGAGAAAGAGACAGAGACAGAGAUAGAGACUGGGACCGAGACCGAGAGCGAGAGCGGGAGCGGGAGCGAAGUCGUGAAAGGAGCCCCGAACACAUCCGUUCCAGGGAGGUCAGUCGAGACCGAGACAGAGAUAAGAAACGAGACCAAGAAGAUGAAGAGGAAGCAUAUGAACGCCGGAAGCUGGAAAGAAAACUCAGAGACAAGGAAGCGGCUUAUCAGGAGCGUCUAAAAAACUGGGAGCUAAGGGAGAGGAAGAAGGCACGAGAUUACUCCAAGGAGGCUGAGAGGGAAGAUGAGCGCAGACGAGAAAUGGUGAAAGAGGGCAAACGGUUGAAAGAGUUCCUUGAAGACUAUGAUGAUGACAGAGAUGACCCCAAGUACUAUAGGGGCAGUGCGCUGCAGAAACGUCUCAGAGACCGAGAGAAGGAGAUGGAGGCAGACGAGCGUGACAGGAAGAGGGAGAAGGAGGAGCUGGAGGAGAUCAGACAGAGGCUGUUAGACGAGGGACAUCCAAACCCAGACGCAGAGCUACGCAGGAUGGAAGAGGAAGAGGAGGAGCGUCUGAGACGACCCCCUAUCAUCCCAGAGCCAGAGCCAGAGCCAGAGCCAGAGCCGGAGCCUGAGCCUGAACCAGAGCCAAAAAUCAAGGAGGAACGGGAACGGGAACGGGAACGCCACAGGGGUUCAAGAGACCACCGAGACCGGAGACAGGAACAGGACAGACCAGAACCUCGGUCACGGCCCGCCCCCUCAGAGGACGAGGUUGAGGAGGGAGAGGAAGACGAUUGUGACAAUGAUGAAGAUAACCCUGACACAAAACCUUGCUUGAAGCCUACAAUGCGUCCAAUCACAGCAGCGCCAUCAGUGUCGUCAGCCAGUGGCGGCGCGUCCCCCAACACACCCGGGGACGAGUCGCCCUGCGGCAUCAUCAUCCCCCACGAGAACUCGCCCCCUGAGGCCCUGCCGCAGGAGGAACACCGGCCAAAGAUUGGUCUCAGUCUCAAACUGGGUGCCUCAGGAAGCCCCAGUCAACCCAACGUAGGUAAGAGGAAGAAGUUGCCCGGGGACAGCGUCUUCGACAAGUUUGAUGACGAAGAGGCUGACGAACAGCCUCGCAAGCGGAAGCUGGUGCCCCUGGAUUACGAUGAUGACAAGAGCCUCGGGGUGGACGGGGCCGGGCUCUCCAGCAUAAAAGGGGACAACACAGAGGAGAAACGUGAACACAUCAAGACCCUGAUAGAAAAAAUUCCCACAGCAAAGCCUGAGUUGUUCACAUACCCUCUGGACUGGUCCAUGGUUGAUACGACGUUAAUGGAAAAACGCGUUCGACCCUGGAUCAAUAAAAAGAUUAUCGAGUACAUUGGCGAGGAAGAGGCGACGUUGGUGGACUUCGUCUGCUCCAAGGUGAUGGCUCACAGUGUGCCACAGAGUAUCUUGGAUGAUGUCGCUAUGGUUCUUGAUGAAGAGGCGGAAGUCUUCAUCGUGAAGAUGUGGAGGUUACUCAUUUAUGAAACCGAAGCUAAGAAGAUAGGACUGGCGAAAUAAGCAAAAUCACUGAAUGAUCAAUUUUUUUCUUUUCAUACAUUGUGUAUAAUAGUGUAGCGCAACUAUGUCGCCACCAAAAAAGUGACGUGUCCAGACUGUAACUGCAGAUUCUGCUCAUUCUCACAUUAGCACCGGUUGUUCAGGUUUAUUUUCCUCCGCUCUCUGUUUGCAGGUGCUGACUGUCGGUGAGUUUUUGUGUAUAAACAGUACGUAAUUAUUUGACUAUGAUGAAAUAAUUCUCAGACGAAACUGUUGACUGGCACCCAGGACCGUUGUAGCGUUGCCAGAUAAGGUCUCUUGGGCCUAUAAUUUUAUUUGAAUAGAUGCCAACACACUUUUUGGGAUGAGUCAUCUGUAGGAUUGUUACACGCAAUCAAAGUCUCAAAAGUAUGUUUCUUUUAUAAAUUAGACUUCAGCGAAUACAUAACUACAACAAGGAUGUGAUGUCGUUUUUUUUUUUACAGGAUAAUUUAUUUUGGGUAUUGGACAUGACUCCAAUUAAUUAUUUUUUUUUAGUUCAUUGAUUCAGAUCUCUCUCAUUUUUCCUUUUCACAUUACUGAUUCAUUUGUUGGCAAGUAGAUCACUUCAAAAGGCACCUGGUUAUCAUUUGACAUGCGUCCACUGACGAGACCCACAGAAUAAAUAGUGGAUGAGGUCAUCCCCGCAGCUGUAAAAGCA